AUGAUACCUUGGGUUUUUCUUCUCCUCGUUGCUGGCUCCCACAGUGCCCCGACGCACAAUGAAACAAAAUCUUCAUUAAAAGUGUCCCGAAUUAAAGGAGGGACUUAUGCAGAUAUUCGAGAAGUACCAUAUCAAGCUCAAAUCAUUUGCAAUGGAAAGCUGAUCUGUGGUGCUUCGAUAAUAGAUAAAUACUGGCUCAUAUCUGCUGCCCAUUGCUUCAAUGAGUGUAAAAAUAAUAUGUGGGUGAUGAUUGGCUCCUCAACGAAGGAAACCGGUUAUCCUUAUAAGGUUCAAUCUAUUAUCGUACACGAAAAUUACGAUAAAAUAACUUUCGAUAAUGACAUCAGUUUGUUGAAGUUAUCCCGUCCCAUUGAACCCAACGUGAAUGGUAAUGUGAAGACAAUUUUGAUAGCUGUCAAGGAUCCGAAAGUUGGAGAUGAUAUAACUGUUUCUGGAUACGGGGAAGUCGCUUAUGGAAAACAAGGGGAACCAGAUUUAAAAAAAUUAACUAUUCCAAUAAUUAGCCACACGAAAUGUCAAAUCUUCUAUCCGGAAAUGACUAAUAACAUGUUCUGUGCUGGAUACUUGGGGUAUUCAGAUGAUUCUUGUAGAGGUGAUUCUGGUGGUCCUGCCGUUACUGUGAAAGGCGGCCACUAUUACCUUACGGGUAUCGUUUCGUUUGGGGUGUUUUGUGGGAUGCAGUCUGGUUACGUCACCAAUGAUAGCUUACCAAUAUAUUAUCCCGGUGUUUACGUUAAAGUUCGUAACUACAUUCCGUGGAUAAGAGCAGUGACUAACCUUGUCAUAUGA